AUGGGACAUCAUAACCUUCGUUUCGACGGCGAUCCUCACUCGCUGGAUGGAGUUUGGAGUCCCCCUACUAGCAGGGCCAACUUUUGUGAGGAAGAUUAUGCUGUGACAUUUUACCUGGCCGAAUUUAUCAAUGCCUUGACAAACGUUACGUACGUCUACUUGGCUCUUCGGUCCAUGUAUGGCUCGCGCAGUCGCAGCCGUGGACUGUUUGAUCCGAAAUGGGACUUUAUGUCUGUCUCGCUCUUGGUUCUUGGCUUUGGUUCAUUUCUUUUCCAUGCGACUCUUCGCCAGACGUUGGAAUUUGUCGAUGAACUGUCAAUGCUGUUGCUGUCUUGGUCGAUGCUGCGUUCCCUCGUCAUCUUACGACAGUCUCCUCAGAACAUCCGCUACAUCUCGAUCGUCCUGGCAAUUUUCUUCAUUUCCUUCUCGGUAUUCUACGUCAGAUCUGCCAAGAUCAUUUAUCAGGUCAUCGGCUUCUGGGUUUCGCUCAUCGUCAUCGGCGUGCGUGUUCGCUACCUAUUCCACUGGGCCAAGCCAACAUUUUCCGAAGAGAAUGUACGCGAUUGGUCUAUCCGAGUAUGGACUGCAACGUUCACCUGCCUGUUUGGAUAUUUCAUCUGGAACCUCGAUCUUGAAUUCUGCGCUGAGUUAAGGAACUUUCGACAGCGCAUUGGACUGCCUUGGGCUUGGCUUCUUGAGUUCCACGGCUGGUGGCAUAUUUUGACUGCUCUUGGUGCGAGCCAAUUCAUGAAUGUGGUGAGAGAGGUUCGUGAGGAAGUGAGUCGGGAAAAGAAAGAAUGA